AUGUUGUGAAGAAACCAGAAUUUUAGCUCUGACUUCAUCUUGCUAGGAAUCUUUGAUCACAGCUACACCCACACCUUCCUCUUUACUCUGGUUUUGGGAAUCUUCACAGUGGCCUUGAUUGGAAACACUGUCAUGGUUCUCCUCAUUUAUCUAGACAGCCAGCUGCACACACCUAUGUACUUCCUCCUCAGCCAACUAUCCCUCAUGGACCUCAUGCUCAUUUGCACCACUGUACCCAGGAUGGUCUUCAAUUACUUGUCUGGAAGGAAGUCCAUCUCUCUGGCAGGUUGUGGAGCCCAGAUAUUCUUCUAUAUGUCUCUAGUUGGAGUUGAAUGUUUCCUGUUGGCUGUCAUGGCCUAUGACCGCUAUGUGGCUAUAUGCCACCCCCUUCGAUACACCAUUCUUAUGAAUCAGAAACUCUGUGUCCUCAUGACUGUUGCCUCCUGGAUCUUGGGAUCUCUUGAUGGCAUUAUUGUGCUUGUAGCCCCUUUAUCAUUCUCUUUCUGUAGUUCUCUGGAAAUUCAUCACUUUUUCUGUGAUGUCGCUGCUCUUUUCCCUCUAUCUUGCACAGAAACCUCUGCUUUUGAAAGACUACUUUUCAUCUGCUGUGUCGUGAUGCUAAUAUUACCAGUCUCUGUGAUCAUCAUUUUCCAUUCACAUGUCCUUCGAUCUGUCAUCCUCAUGAACUCCAAAGAAAGUCGCCACAAAGCCUUCACCACCUGCUCUUCCCACUUAUCUGUGGUUGGACUCUACUAUGGUGCUGUUAUGUUCAUGUACAUGAGACCAGCCUCUAACCACACACCAGAACAGGACAAGAUAGUAUCUGCCUUCUACACCAUCCUCACCCCCAUGCUGAACCCUCUCAUAUACAGCCUCCACAACAAAGAAGUAUCCAGGGGACUUAAGAAACUAUUGACGAAAGGAAAGUUAAUGUAA